GACGCACUUCCGGUCGCGCCGCGGACCGAGCUGCGCAGGUGAGUGCGGACUCCUUGUGGUUCGCGGUGUCCCAGCGGUCAGCACGCAGGGUCACCCGCAGCCAGCCUCGCGACCCACCACAUCUUGGUGCCCACAGCGGUGACGUUUGAGUGGCGACCACCAUCAGGCCCAGAGAGCUUAGCAGGUGGCGUAACGGGGAAGCCGUGUCACUUCGCAGAGGGUGACUGCGUACGGGGCUGAAGUGGCUCGAGGUGGCAUCGCAAGUCUUUUGACGCGCUGCGGCCCUGCAGGUGCUUCAGCUCCAGUUCUUCCUUGAGAGGGGGACCAGGUGAUGCCAGCCAUGAUCCCGUCUGUUUGGCCCCAGAAGUCGGUGACCUUUGAGGAUGUGGCCGUGUACUUUACCCAGACGGAAUGGGACGGCCUGUCCCCUGAACAGAGAGCACUGUACAGGGAUGUCAUGCUGGAGAAUUACAGGAACUUGGCCUCUGUGGGACGUCCACUUCUCAAACCUGCUGUGAUCUUACAGCUAGAGGAAGGAAAGGAUCUGGAAAACCUGUCUCAGCUGGCCACUGGAACAGACUUCCAGGGCCUCUGGACUGAAUGUACUGCUACCCAGACUGGCAAUAAUGUGAUAAAAGAAGUGUAUGAAGAAAAAAAGAAUACAUCAUUUGAACUUCAGAAGGACUUUUCUCAGGAAACAUACUUUUCAAAAACCUACACUGUUGGCCAAAAACAGGAAAUCCAGUCAGCAGGAACUGAAAGGGAGAGGGUCAGUGCCAUUGACAGAAGAGCUAAGACAAGCUUCAUGGAAGGGGGUUUAUUUAGUCAGACUUCACACUUGUCCCAGGAUCAUACCAGCUCCACUGGAGAGCAGUACUCUGAUACCAGACUUACUAAGAAUGAAAGAAUUACUACAGAGGAAAUGAAACACAAAGAAUUAGCAGAGGCUUCUCAAGGUAGCUUUCAAGUUAAUAAGCUUCCAGAAAUCUGUGAUAUGGAAAAGCUCUAUCAGUGUACAGAGUGUGGCAAAGCCUUCAGUGUUAAAGCCAAGUUUGUUUGGCAUCAAAGACUUCAUAAUGGAGAGAAACCAUUCAAAUGUGUAGAGUGUGGGAAAUGUUUCAGCUACAGUUCACACUAUAUCACACAUCAGACAAUCCACAGUGGAGAGAAGCCUUAUCAGUGUAAGGUAUGUGGCAAAGCCUUCAAUGUUAAUGGAAGUCUCGUUCGACACCAGAGGAUACACACAGGAGAGAAGCCCUAUCAGUGCAAGGAGUGUGGGACUAGCUUCGGCUGUAGUUCUGCAUACAUUACUCAUCAGAGAAUACACACGGGGGAGAAACCUUACGAGUGUAGUGACUGUGGGAAAGCCUUCAAUGUUAAUGCAAAACUGAUUCAACAUCAAAGAAUUCACACUGGAGAGAAGCCUUAUGAGUGUGAUGUAUGUGGAAAGGGCUUCAGGUGCAGCACCCAGCUCAGGCAGCAUCAGAGUAUACACACUGGAGAGAAGCCGCAUCGCUGCAGUGAGUGUGGGAAAGGCUUCACUAAAAAUGCAAAGCUCAUUCAACAUCAGAGAGUGCACACGGGUGAGAAACCCUAUGCAUGCAGUGACUGUGGAAAGACUUUUAGUGCCAAAGGGAAGUUAAUCCAGCACCAGAGAAUCCACACAGGGGAGAGACCUUAUGAAUGUAGUGAAUGUGGGAAAUCUUUUAGGUGUAACUCCCAGCUUCGGCAGCAUCUGAGAAUUCAUACUGGGGAGAAGCCAUAUGCAUGCAGUGAGUGUGGGAAGGCCUUCAGUGUCAAUGCGAAGCUCAUGCAGCACCGGAGAACUCACACUGGGGAGAAGCCAUUCGAAUGCAAGGCCUGUGGCAAGUGCUUUACUUCUAAAAGAAACUUGCUUGAUCAUCAGCGAACACAUACUGGAGAGAAGCCGUAUCAGUGUAAGGAGUGUGGGAAAGCUUUCAGUAUCAAUGCCAAGUUAACUAGACAUCAGCAAAUACACACCAGGGAGAAACCUUUCAAGUGUAUGGAAUGUGAGAAAGCAUUCAGCUGUAGUUCUGACUAUAUUGUACACCAGAGAAUCCAUACUGGAGAGAAACCCUUUCAGUGCAGUGAGUGUGGCAAAGCCUUCCAUGUCAAUGCUCACUUAAUUAGACACCAGAGAAGCCAUACUGGGGAAAAGCCUUUCAGAUGCAUGGAGUGUGGCAAGGGCUUCAGCCUUAGUUCUGACUGCAUUAUACAUCAGACUGUCCAUACUUGGAAGAAACCCUAUAUGUGUAACAUAUGUGGGAAAACUUUCAGGUUUAGCUUCCAACUAAGUCAGCACCAAGAUGUUCACAAUGAAGACAAAUCCUAAUGAAGAAAAAA